AAAUGCGUGCAAAAUAUUUUUAGACCAUACAAUAUUUCGAGAGCGAGAUAUUAUUCUGAAAGCGCAUACCGGAAGCAGCAGUAAGCAACAUCCGCUUGUCUUGACACACACACACACACACACACGCACACACAGCUUGUGACUUGAGUGAAGUGAAGUCACCGGGAACUGAACUGAAGAGUGAAGACUUUACUACAGGCUGCCGCAUCCCUACGCGUCGUCGGUGCGAAAUAGGUCAUAUUCCCCCAUUUUUUAUUGUUCAUUGUUUUUAGCGGUGGUAUCGCCGCGGCUGUUUGUCCCGCUGGACUUGUUCGGUCAACGUCCCACACCACGGUCGGCUGCUCUCUUCUUGGCAAGCUGGCUAGCAUCGGUUCCUGCUUGCUAAAAAACAUGGUGGCCCGUGGGCAAGAAGAAAACAAGGCGGUUCGGGUAUAUUGAAUGGGAUUUUUUUUUUUAAAGAAACAAUAUUUGCUCCAAAAAAAAUAACUGUUAUUUUGAGAAGUGGCGGGGGGUGCCAUUUUUAUGCGGUAAUUUGCUUCCAAAGUUGCCUUCAAGACUCCUUUAAGUUUCCAAUACAAAAUACAGCUUUUAAAAACACAAGGUAAAACAAAAUAACUGUGCUGAAGUCCUGCCUUAUGGAAUCAUUUUACCCCCUGCGUCACCUUUAGCAUCAUUAUUUUCCCCCUGUUCCCUCUGGAUUAUUAUGAUGGAUUCACCAGCUCGGGAAUAUUGGAAAUAGCUUUUGUCGUUGAUGCUGACCGCGAUGACGACGGUGAUGACAGAGAAAAGCGAUGGCUUCCCUUCGUUAAGAUUUUGAGUAGCGGGGAGUUAAUUACAUGGAGACUAGCCUGACAUGCCGAGGAAGGAGUUGCCACUACCUGAAGGUUGGGAGGAAUCCAGAGACUUUGAUGGUAAAGUCUACUACAUUGACCACAUCAACCAGAGCACCAGCUGGAUCGACCCCAGAGACAGGCACACAAAGCCUCUGACAUUCGCUGACUGUAUCGGAGAUGAGCUGCCAAUCGGCUGGGAGGAGGCGUAUGACCCCCUGGUUGGAUCAUACUAUGUCGACCACAACACCAAGAGCACCCAGCUUGAGGACCCGCGGGCACAAUGGCAGCGGGAACAAGAGUCCAUGUUGCGGGAUUACCUGGCUGUGGCCCGUGACGCCCUCAGUGCCCAGAAGGAGAUCUACCAGGUGAAGGAGCAAAGGCUCCGUCUCGCACAACAGGAGUACCGGCAGCUUAACGACACCUGGCGGGACAAGUCGACAUCCCAAACCAGCUUGAAUUCCAGGACGUCAUCCUCCAGCAAGUACGACCCAGAUAUCCUAAAAGCAGAAAUAGCUACAGCCAAAAGUCGGGUCAACAAGCUGAAGCGGGAUUUGGCAUGUAUGAAGCAGGAGCUGCAGUACAAAGAACAAGGCUUUCAAACGCUGAAAGAGAUUGACCAGAAGGUGUCUAAUAGCCCGUAUGGCUUCAAGCUGCAGGAGGCGCAAGCCAUCCUCAACGAGGUGCACUCCAUUCGGGAUGCGAUCAGCUCCGGCGAGAAGGAAAAGCAAGAACUUAUGCAGAAACUGGCCAUUCUGAAGGAUGGCUUCCAGUUGGACUCGGGCUCACAGCAGGAACUGUGGGGCAGCAGUCCCUCGCUGGCCGACUCGGAGCUUUCCAUACCCCGACUCUAUUCGGACGCCGGAUCGCAGACUGACAUACCUGCUGAGUACACAAACAACUCCAACAAACUUGUGGAGAAAGUUCGACUCAGUCUGAAGUACGAGGAGGCCAAGCGUCGGAUCGCCUCCAUCGAGGUUCAGAUUGCAAAACUGGACAGCGAGGCAUGGCCGGGGCUCCUUGACCCGGAGCGCGACCGUCUCAUCCUCAUCAACGAGAAAGAGGAGCUUCUAAAGGAGCUGCAGUAUGUCAGCCCACGCCAGCGCUUGGAGCCAAUCGAUGCACAGAAGCUGGAAACAGAGAAGAAGCGUUUGGAGAAAGACCUACAGGCCGCCAGGGACAACCAGAGCAAGGCUCUGACUGAAAGGCUGCGCCUUCACUGCAGGAGGAACACGCUGGUGAGAGAGCUGGAGGAGUUAGUUCGACUAGCCACGUCGUUACACACUCAGCUUAAAAGUCUGUCCGCCAGCACCCUAUCAUGUUCGUCCGGCAGCAGUCGAGGCUCCCUGACGUCAAGCCGCAACUCCCUGGCCACAAACUCCAGCCUGGGCUCCACCUCCUCGCUCAGCUUCACCGACAUCUACCUGGAGCAGACCGAGCUGGCCGACCCGGACUUCCAAAACAAGCUGGAAAGCCUCCUGCAGGAGGGGGGCCAGGUAGGCUACCGCCCCUCCAGCUCCAUCACCACCAUCCACGAGCACGAGGUGGUGACAGGUAGCGGCGGCACAGGGAGGGACGCUGAAAGGCCGGAGGGCCAAACACUAGGAGUGGGUGGAGAUACUGAGAAGAGUGCAGGGGGUGGAGAGGUGGGAUCAUCCAGGAUGCAAGCCCUCAGGCUGUCCGAAACCCCUCACUCAAUCAGCUCCUUGUCCCCACGGUCGUCGAUUUCCUCGCUCUCGCCACCGUGCUCGCCACUUGUUACAGACACUACCUUUCUGUCAGAGGAGGCUUUCACCACCGAGGUGGGAUCUGGCGGGUUGAGCCUGGACCUGGACCUCCACAACAGGCUAGCAGAGCUGGACAUCCGUAUAGACUCCCAGACGCUGCAACAGCAGAAGGAGCGCAGCGCCCACGGUGGGCUAGAGGAAAAGCAGAAACGCAAUGACCUCCUGGGUGAAGAGGUCAAAGCUCAACUGUUGCAAGGAACCGGGGCGGGACCAAAGAAGAUGGGCGUUAUCUCAGCUGUGUCUGAUGAGUCCGUUGCAGGUGACAGCGGCGUAUACGAACCCUCUGAGCGCAGGCCGGACCUCCCUGUUGACCUCCUGCUGGGCUCUGAUGAGGAGAGGCUAGCUUUGGGCUGUGCUCAGGUUCAGCUUGGCUUCCGCUACGAGUCAAGAACCCAGCGCUUCACUGUCUUCGUCAUGCAACUGUCCAACUUCAGCGCCCUCUGUCUGCCCGCUGACCAUAAAAUGCAUGUUCGCGUGGCGGUCCUUCCGUGCGUAGAGACGACACGCUGCCUGUUCAGAACACGCGGCUACAUGCCUCAGGAUGUCGUGGAAAUCAAGGAGGUGUUCGGCAUGCCGAUAUCUCACAGUGCACUACGACAGAAGACGCUAAGGAUUGACGUAUGUAACACCGGCAAGUCAGGUCACGAACAUUGUUUGGCGGGAGCCCAGAUCAGCUUGGCCGACAUCAGCUGUUCAGAGGAGAGAAAAACCCAGUGGUACAAUCUGCUGAGUCGAGCUUUUAUGCCCGAGGUCAGCGGAAAGGAGAAAGACGCAGAAGCUGGUGGCUUGAACACAGCUGGAGCCAGCAACAGUGACACAGUUCUAGACGACGAAGAGUGGCACGGUGACCUUCUGGAGGGAGAUGUGUUUGACGAUGAAGACGAUGUGGAGAAGCCUCUGGAUGAAGGAGAAUUGUUCUAUGCUGAUGGCAGCCAAUGGGAGGCAGGGGAGCUGGCGGUCGAGGGGAGGGAGAGUAAGAUGCCUUCUGCCGCCGCAGCCAUGACAGAAAAGGUCAACAAAGAGACAAGUAUGGGCCGCAUGUCGUCGUCCGGUCACCACUCGGUGGUCCGGCCCAAAGAGAGACGCACGGACCUUCCCCAUCAGCACGCCUUCAUGAGGGGCAGCACCAUCAUCCGCUCCAAGACCUUCUCCCCAGGACCUCAGAGCCAGUACAUUUGCAGGAUCAGCCGCAGUGACAGCGACAGCUCCACGCUGUCCAAGAAGUCACCGUUUGUGCGUAAUGCCUCGGAGCGACGCAGCAUGCGCAUGAAGAAGCCUCCCGUGCAGGUCAAAGGUCUGGACGGCCUCCUGCGCACCUCCCUGGACUUGGAGUUAGACUUGCAGGUGUCCCGGACCCGACAGUCCCGUCUCACUCAGGAGCUGCAGGUUCUGAGGGAGCUUAAAAUGCAGCUGGAGGCGGCGAGGCAGCAGGGCCAACGCGAGCUGCCCGCCUGGGUCCGAGAGGACGAACGCUUCCGACUCCUCCUCAAGCACGCCGAGAAACAGACUCACGAGGAGCAGCUGCAGGAAAAGAGGGUGGAGAAGAUGAUGAGGGCGGCCGCCAAGGACGUCCACAAGAUAAGAGGACAGAGCCGCAAGGAGGUGCCUGAAGUGCAAACCUUCAGGGAGAAGAUGGCCUUCUUCACGCGAGCAAAGUCCACCAUCCCUCACCUGCCGGCUGACGACGUCUAGACCGUCAACAUUUCAAACGAAAGAGUCUUAACCUGCGCUUCGUGUCACUAAUGAAGUCAACCUUUUAGCGGUAAUAUGAAGAAGGUUUUUUGGAAAAAAAUGUAUCAUAGAUGGAAAACGACAGUGGCCACUCAGCAUUUGUUAUUGUGGAAAACAUUUUUUUAUUAUAUGUAUAUAUUAGUGACGGCACUGCUACAGUUUGACUUUAUUUUACUAACAUUAAAAAUCAUUCCAGCACAAACCUACACAAAAUAAUAAUAGCACAAACAACGGUACUAAAGCAACAAAAGCCACUUAAGAUGAUCAUUAGUCUUCGAAUUAAUAUUAAAAAAUGGUCUUUGAAUUAAAAUUCUGCUGCAAGUAAAGCACUCCGCAUAUUGAUGCAUCUUGUUUCAAACUUGUUCUCUUAAGUUGGAAUUCCCAAGAUCAUUAUUCACACCUGUCGUGACCGCAGAUGG